CGUUGGCUCGCAAGGGCAAGAAUUAUUACUGUCCUGCUCCAAUUCUUAUAUCUACACCUCACUCGCCUUCUCUCUUCUUCCCUCUCGGUUCUUUUUCUUCUUCUUCCUUCUCUUCCAUAUCUCCCUACUUGUCAUCUUCUAUUUCCCUCCCUUUUAUACUCCUGUCAAACCUACAAUUCCUCUUCCUCUUCUCCCUGAUACCCCUCUGUGAUUCUACCGCCCCUCGAUUCCUACCCAUCUUCCCCCCCUUAUCACACCGCCAUUAUGUCUGCUCGUCCCCAGAACAUUGGUAUCAAGGCCAUUGAGGUCUACUUCCCCAGCCAGUGUGUCGACCAGUCCGAGCUGGAGAAAUUCGAUGGCGUGAGCGAGGGCAAGUACACAAUUGGUCUGGGUCAGACCAAGAUGAGCUUCUGUGAUGACCGUGAGGACAUCUACUCCAUGGCUCUGACCACCCUCUCCUCCCUCAUCAGCAAGUACAACAUCGACAAGAACAACGUUGGUCGUCUGGAAGUUGGUACCGAGACCCUCUUGGACAAGUCCAAGUCCGUCAAGUCCGUCCUGAUGCAGCUCUUUGCCCCUGAGAACACCAACAUCGAGGGUAUCGACACCGUCAACGCUUGCUACGGAGGUACCAAUGCCGUCUUCAACAGCAUCAACUGGGUCGAGUCCUCCGCCUGGGACGGCAGAGAUGCCAUCGUCGUCUGCGGUGACAUUGCCCUGUACGCCAAGGGUGCUGCUCGUCCCACCGGUGGUGCUGGCUGCGUUGCCAUGCUGAUUGGCCCCGACGCUCCUAUUGUCUUUGAGCCCGGUCUCCGUGGCAGCUACAUCACCCACGCCUACGACUUCUUCAAGCCCGACCUGACCAGCGAGUACCCCGUUGUUGACGGCCAUUUCUCGCUCAAGUGCUACACCGAGGCCGUCGAUGCCUGCUACAAGGCCUACGACGCUCGUGAGAAGACUCUGAAGGAGAAGGCCCAGAACGGCAGCAACGGUACUGCCCAGGACGACAGCAAGACCCCCUUGGACCGAUUCGACUACAUCCUGUACCACGCUCCCACUUGCAAGCUGGUUCAGAAGUCGUUCGGUCGUAUGCUGUACAACGACUACCUCGCCAACCCCUCCCACCCCGCCUUCGCCGAGGUGGCCCCCGAGCUGCGCGACCUGUCCUACGACCAGUCUUUGACCGACAAGAGCGUCGAGAAGACCUUCAUGGGUCUGACCAAGAAGCGCUAUGCUGAGCGUGUGCGCCCCGGUCUGGAUGUUGCCACCCUUUGCGGUAACAUGUACACUGCUACCGUCUACGCCGGUCUGGCCAGCUUGAUCUCCAACGUCAAGUUUGACCCCGCCGAGGCCAAGCGCGUUGGUAUCUUCUCCUACGGCAGUGGUCUUGCCGCUUCCAUGUACAGCGCCAAGAUUGUCGGCGACGUGUCUUACAUGGUUGAGAAGCUCGACCUCCACAACCGUCUCAACGGCAGAACCGUUCUGCCUCCCCAGGCUUACGAUGACAUGUGUGUCCUUCGUGAGCAUGCUCACCUGAAGAAGAACUUCAAGCCCUCUGGCAAGACGGAGACGCUGUACCCCAAGACCUACUACCUCUCCGAGGUGGAUGACAUGUUCCGACGCCAGUACGAAGUCAAGGCCUAAGUAGUGCUUAGCGCUUCAUAGACCUUGCUCACGUUAUUUGCUUUUUGUGCUGAACCCAACCGGUUCUCUUUAUAGACGGUUCACUAGACUUCCUCCCUCGUCACCAGGAUCCUAAGAUUUCCGUACAGAAUUCGGGUCUGGUGUGCCGAUGGUUUCUGUUUGUCUUUGCAUUGUCUGGGUUUCGGGGAUAGGUAUCUCCUAUACAGGAGCCGGGAUGACGACUAUGAUGAUGCUCUUUAGAUAAGGUGGCGCUGGAAUGCUUCCGGAUUCACGAGAAGACUCUAAAGCUUCUUUUUCUUUUUUACCUCUAUUGAUAUCAACUUAAUUAAUCAAAUCUAUGGUUUUACUCAUUAC